UAAUGAUAAUAAUAAGGUUAAAGACCAAAUAAAAAUUAACCAAUAUAAAACUACAAUUUGUUGUAUUCGUUGCUGUACCAGGUUGAAUUUUAAAAUAUUACCAAAAAAUGUUGGCUAAAACAAAAUUUAUCAACAAUGUAUCAUUAUUUAAAAUCAUUCGUUAUAUUUCUUCUGAUGUUAUAAAAACUCAAGUUGAUGUUAAUUCACCUCAGUUUAAUGAAAAUCAUGCUCGAAUGGUGCAACUUGUACAUGAAUUAAAUGAGAAAACUUUAAAAGUUUUAACAGGUGGUGGUGAAAAAGCAAUAAAAAAACAUGAAAUGAAGAAAAAGUUGCUAGUUAGGGACAGAAUUAAUUUGUUGAUAGACAAAAGUUCGGCUUUCUUAGAGCUUUCUACAUUAGCAGCCGCUGAUAUGUAUGAUAGAUCUAUCAGUUCGGCAGGUAUAAUCUCAGGAAUUGGAAAAAUACAUGGUCAAGAAUGCGUGAUUGUAGCAAAUGAUGCCACAGUGAAAGGAGGCACCUAUUAUCCAAUGACUAUCAAGAAACACUUAAGAGCGCAAGAGAUUGCAUUUGAAAAUAAACUGCCUUGUAUCUAUUUGGUAGAUAGUGGAGGUGCAAACUUACCUCAACAGUCAGAAGUAUUCCCAGAUAAGAAUCACUUUGGUAGAAUAUUUUUUAAUCAAGCAAACAUGUCGAGCCAAGGAAUAGCUCAGAUUGCAGUAGUCAUGGGUUCAUGUACUGCUGGGGGUGCUUACGUACCUGCAAUGGCUGACGAAUCCAUUAUUGUGAAACAACAAGGGACCAUAUUUUUAGCAGGUCCACCGUUGGUUAAAGCAGCUACUGGAGAAGAGGUCUCUUCUGAAGAACUGGGCGGUGCAGAUCUUCAUUGUUCGACUUCUGGUGUUACAGACCACUACGCCAUAAACGACACACAUGCAAUACACAUAGCUAGACAAAUUGUGAAGAAUCUCAACUUUAAACGAUCCAAUCCUUUUAAUGAACCUUUUGAAUGUCCCAGAUAUAGCACUGAGGAUUUAUACGGUAUCAUUGACUCAGAUCUACAAAAGCCUUUUGAUGUCAGGGAAAUAAUUGCAAGAGUAUUUGACGGCUCUAAGUUUGACGAAUUCAAAAAAAAGUAUGGAGAAACAUUGGUGUGUGGCUUUGCAAAGUUGUACGGGAAAACUCUAGGUAUUGUGGGAAAUAACGGUGUAUUAUUUUCAGAGAGUGCCAUGAAGGGUGCCCAUUUUGUGCAGUUGUGCACCCAAAGAAAAGUGCCUAUCAUAUUUUUACAAAACAUUACGGGAUUCAUGGUUGGUAGGCAAGCCGAAAUGGGAGGGAUAGCUAAACACGGAGCUAAAUUAGUAACAGCCGUAGCAUGUGCUAGUGUUCCAAAAAUUACAGUUAUAAUAGGUGGUUCUUACGGAGCUGGAAAUUAUGGUAUGUGUGGAAGAGCAUAUUCACCAAGAUUCUUAUACGUAUGGCCGAAUGCCAAAAUUUCAGUAAUGGGUGGUGCCCAAGCUGCAGGCGUGCUUUCUGAAGUCGCUAGCAGAGGUAAAAAGUGGUCACCAAAAGAAAAAAUGGAUUUUGAGAAUACUAUUAUUGAACAAUUUAAUAAAGAAGGAUCUUCUUACUUUAGUAGUGCAAGACUUUGGGACGAUGGAGUUAUUGAUCCAAAAGAUACUAGAAAAAUAUUAGGGCUAAGUCUAGCUGCAGCUUUAAAUAAAGAAAUAGAAGAUACCAAGUUUGGAAUUUACAGAAUGUAAAAUAUUUUUUAAUAAAUGUUUAUUACUUUUCAUGGUUAUUUCCGAUA